CACCCUCGCUCGUCUGCGAAAUCUUAUGCUCCAUUUUCAGUCGUGUACACUAAGUAAUCGCCAUUUUUCCAAUCUCAGGCAUCAAAUUGGAGUUGUGAUUGAAAAUGAAUCCAAAAGGUUUGAUUUAUAGUUUUGUUGCGAGAGGGACUGUUGUUCUAGCCGAGCAUACACCUUAUUCAGGGAACUUUAGUACCAUUGCUGUCCAGUGCUUGCAGAAGCUCCCUUCAAAUAGUAGCAAGUAUACAUACUCAUGCGAUGGUCACACCUUCAACUUCCUUUUAGAUAGUGGAUUUGUCUUCCUAGUUGUUGCUGAUGAACCAACAGGAAGAAGUGUACCGUUUGUGUUUCUUGAAAGGGUUAAGGAUGAUUUCAAGAAACGUUAUGGUUCAAGUAUAAAAAAUGAUGGCGAUCCACAUCCUCUUGCUGAUGAUAAUGAAGAAGAUGAUGAUCUAUUUGGGGAUCGUUUUAGCAUUGCGUACAAUCUUGACAGAGAAUUUGGGCCAAAACUUAAAGAGCACAUGGAGUACUGUAUGAACCAUCCUGAUGAAAUGAGCAAGCUCUCUAAAUUGAAGGCUCAAAUCACAGAGGUCAAAGGAAUAAUGAUGGACAAUAUUGAGAAGGUUUUGGAUCGGGGUGAAAAGAUUGAACUGCUAGUGGAUAAAACCGAGAACCUUCAGUUCCAGGCUGACAGCUUCCAGAGGCAAGGAAGGCAGCUUCGUCGCAAGAUGUGGUUUCAGAACCUUCAAAUGAAACUAAUGGUUGGAGGUGCUAUUGUUAUUUUCAUUAUCAUCAUUUGGCUUUUCGCUUGUGGAGGUUUCAAAUGUUGAAAAGGGAUUUCGACGUAAUCAUUUGGGAAUAGUACACUUUUAUCUCUCAUUUCUGUAGUGUACAAAACCUUUCUUGUAAAUGUGAGACAAUGCUGCGGAUGCUUUGUUUUGGUGACUUAAUACUAUGGUAAGGUACCUAUUAGUGUA